AGCACCAGUCUUCCAACCAGCCUGGAGAUUUCACACACACUUCCUCCACAAUCUUCAAUUCCAUCCAAUCACCCACAACCCCAACACCCUGCCCUUCCUUCCACAGCAUAGCUAGACAGCAGCAUGGCUUCCGGCGGAGGACCAAUCGACCAAAACGAUCUCCACGACUGGAAGGAGCGGCUGAACAAGAGCAUCGAGACGAAAGCCUGGCACUCCUCGACAAAGGGCGGGACCGCCAGACCAUGGAGUCACAGUUUCUUUGGCUGCUUUUCGCCGCCCAGUCUUUGCUGCCUAACAUGCUGCCUCCCCUGCGUAACCUUCGGCAAGACGCAUCACCGCCUCCGUAAGAAUGGGGAUAUGCAAGGCUACGAACCGAUUAAUACUUCUUGCCUCCUCUUCUUCCUCACGAGCUACUGCGGCAUCCCCUUCAUCCUCAACGCCAUGCAACAGCAAGACCUGCGCGAAAAGUACAACCUCGAGGGCUCCUGCACCGAAGACCUGCUCAAGAGCUACUGCUGCCUGUGCUGCUCGCUCGUGCAGGCCGAGAAGGAGAGCAAGGAUAGAGAGGUUGAGGCUAGGCCCGUGGUGAACCAGCAGUAUACGGGAGAGGCUAUGGUGAUGCAGCAGGGUCAGCAGGGUCAGCAGGGUCAGCAGGGGCCGCAGGUCUGAGGCGCGGUCAGGGGUGAGAUUAUGCGACACGAGUGCAGAUGAGGAGGCGCUGGUAUGGGAUCGGAUGGUUGAGAGGGGGACAUAGUGGGGGAUGUUGUGGAUGUGGGUGUUAUGGAAGCAGACGGACGUAAUUAUCCCUUUUGUAUCCUUGGUGGGGGACUGCGACAUUCGACAGCGAUACCCUAAUUUGACACUCCUAGUUCUUUCGUUCACUACCUCCGCCCUGCUACGCAAGCGUGCUGUAUCCAACAUAAGAGUCAAACGAGCCAGUUCUCCUCAACGCACAACCCACCUUAAUACUCGAAAGGAGCGGGAAGUCACAUCGAUGCACGCAAGAGGACGCCGAAUGCACGAACAUCUGCAAAGUAUCAAGUUGAUACCCAAUACUAUCAUUAGCAAUGAUGACCACCCCUAUAUCC